AUGCUCUCACCAACCACGAUAAACGAUAACGACUCAACCACAGCUCCCCUCGACCGAGUCGACAGCAUCGACUCCCAAGUCAGACCCCAGUCUCGGUCCCAGUCUCAUUCUCACUCUCAAGUCCACUCGCAUUCCCACGGCCCCUCUCACUUUGGUGGUGCUGCCACUCCCGCCGCCUCAUCAACAUGGGGCCUUGGUGACCCGACUCCCUCACAGCAUCUGUCUUCCGAGGCCUCAACAUCGCCUGCCGAGUCAUGGCGGCUAGAUGAGUUUGUUACCGACCCUGGAUAUCUCGCCUAUCAAGAGGAACUGAGAUGUCUCAUCUUCAACACUGCCCAAACAGCUGCUCCCACCCGCGAGGGUACACCUGAGGCUGCCGAUGGUGGGUUCGCUGCAGGAGGAUUUGCUGCUCCGGGUUCCAUUCUGGGAGAUGACUCUGCGGCAAGACGGCACGCCGGCCAGAUUUUAGGGACGGGGAGGAGACUGGAAUACUUGAAGAACUAUGUAGGCGAAGUUGCGCCAUGGCUCGACAUGUUUGACAGCGACCGUGCCUUUGGAAUUCAGGUACCAGUGCUGGCGCGCAGCUCUCCGGCACUCUUGUAUGCUGUAUUAGCGUUAUCAGCCCGCCAGAUGGAGCGCAAAGAGGGAAAGCAAACAUCCUUUGACAGUCUGGAGCUGUAUCAGGAGGCCAUCCGCUUGCUGACGCCUCUCUUGCAAUCCCGGGACCAGAAGAUCAUCCCAAUCUGCACGAUACUGUGCUGUUUGGAGAUGAUGUCCGCCAGUGCCCAAGACUGGCGGAAGCAUCUCGAAGGGUGUGCUGCCCUGUUUGACUCAUUCUAUGUGCACGGGUUCAGCGGCGGUCUGUUGCAGGCCGUCUUCUGGUGUUACGCCAGAAUGGAUCUUUGCGGCGCUCUCAUCUCUGACGGCACAGAGAGCACUCUCCUAACCCCAUCGAAAUGGCUACCCAGCGGCGCCUCUCACAGCGAAGCACGCGAGCUCUUCCACCAGUCCGGAACCCCCGACAUGCACGCCAACUACGCAGUCUACUUGUGCGCCAAGGUAUGCGAGCUGGUGGCGGACAGAACGAGAUACUUCGAGCUCGGCGACGCCAACGGCUGCAACCCUGACGAAUUGACCGACAGAUGGGUUCGUCUAUGGGAGGACCUCCAAGCAUGGACAAGGGACCGCCCACCAGAGCUUCUACCGGUCCAAAGCAUUCAGAGCAGCCCCUUUCCUCAAAUCCUGUUCCUGCACUGGGCAGCCAUUUCUUCCAAUCAAUUAUACCACACGGCUUGCACACUGCUCCUCGGAUCAAUGCCCAGGCCGCUCAACAUCAAACUGGGCGUGACGGGAUCGGCAAUAUGGCAUGCCAAGUGUAUUUGCGGCAUCUCGUUGGCAAACCCGCACCAAGGAUGCCUGAAUAAUGCCAUACAGCCGUUAUGGGUCGCCGGCCGGCUUCUCAGCCACAAGUCCGAGCAUGCACUGCUGGUCAAACUGAUCCGCAGCAUCGAAGCAGUCACCGGAUGGGGCACGUGCUGGCGAAUCGACGACCUCGAGACCGCCUGGGGCUACAAAGUUCGCAAAGAGCUUAGGGUUGCCGACAUGGCAAGAUGA